AUGUCGGAGAUACCAGCUCAGAUGUCUUUCAUUGAUGGUUGCAUUGACUGGUCAGUGGAUCUCAAGACAUACAUGGCUUUGGCAGGUGAACCAGUCCGAGUGAAAUGUGCCCUUUUCUACAGCUAUAUCAGAACUAAUUAUAGCAUGGCCCAAAGCACAGGUCUUAGGCUUAUGUGGUACAAAAACAAAGGAGAUUUAGAAGAACCCAUUAUAUUUUCUGAAGUUAGGAUGAGCAAGGAUGAAGAUUCAAUAUGGUUUCACUCGGUUGAGUUGCAAGACAGUGGUUUCUACACCUGUGUUCUAAGAAACUCAACGUAUUGCAUGAAGGUGUCCAUGUCCUUGACGGUAGCUGAGAAUGAAUCUGGGCUUUGCUACAACAGCAAGAUCAGAUAUCUGGAAAAAUCAGAAGUCACUAAGAGAAAGACAAUCUCCUGUCCUGAUAUUGAGGAUUACAAAACAGCCAGUCAAGAGCCGGAUGUGGUGUGGUACAAGGAAUGUAAGCCAAAAAUGUGGAGAAGUGUUGUAAUUCAGAAGGGAAAUACUCUCUUAAUACAAGAGGUCCAGGAAGAAGAUGGAGGAAAUUAUACCUGUGAACUAAAGUUUGAAGGCAAGCUUAUACGAAGAACAGUUGAAUUGAAGGUUACAGGGUUUGUCUUUAAUAAAGAGUGUGGCACAACCUAUUCCAAGAAUGAAGUUAGGAACAUUGGACUGUCAGGGCGAAA